UCCUCUUUUUCUUCCAGGUUAUCCUGUUAUAAGAAUAUGGCAAAUCUGAGCCAACCAUCUGAAUUUAUCCUUUUGGGCUUCUCAGUCUUUGGGGAGCUGCAGAUGGCACUGUAUGGGCCCUUCCUGGUACUUUAUCUUCUGGCCUUCACAGGAAACAUAAUCAUCAUUGCCAUGGUCUUCGCCAGUGCCCAACUACAUACACCUAUGUACUUCUUCCUUGGAAAUUUUGCCCUACUAGAGACUUUGGUCACUAUGACUGUAGUACCCAAGAUGCUUUCAGACUUCCAUGCUUCCACGAAGACAAUUUCCUUCACUGGAUGCAUGGUCCAAUUCUAUUUCUAUUUCUCUUUCGGCUCUACCACCUUCCUGAUCCUGGCAGACAUGGCCCUGGACCGCUUCAUAGCUAUUUGCCACCCACUACGCUAUGGUAGCCUCAUGAGUUCUGUAGUAUGCAUUUCUCUGACAGGGGCUGCCUGGGCAGCACCUUUUCUGGCCAUGGUACCCACUGUUAUCUCCCGGGUACAGCUCUCCUAUUGUCAUGGCAACAUCAUUAACCACUUCUUCUGUGACAAUGCCCCACUGCUACAGCUAGCUUGUUCAAAUACAUCCCCACUAGAGUUCUGGGACUUUAUGAUGGCCUUGGCUUUUGUCCUCAGCUCCUUCCUGAUAACACUUGUAUCCUAUGGCUAUAUCAUUACCACAGUGUUGCAUAUCCCUACUGCCAGUGGCCGCCAAAAGGCCUUUUCCACAUGUGGCUCCCACCUAACUCUGGUCUUUAUUGGCUAUAGCAGUACAAUAUUUGUCUACGUUCAACCUGGUAAAGCACAUUCUGUGGAGCUCAACAAAUUUGUGGUCUUAAUCACUUCUAUCCUGACCCCUGUCCUCAAUCCCUUUAUUUUUACCCUCCGCAAUGAGACAGUGAAGACGAUUAUCCGAGGACAGGUGCAAAGACUAAAAGACCUAAAGAAUUCAGCAUGAUUGGGAAAGAGCCCAGAUGUAUUGUAUUAAGGCAAAGGAUGAAAAGCAUUAAGGGGUAUUGGAAGACAACUGUAAAGGGAAGGAAUAUUCUACAUCACUUCAAGAGAGGCCUGGUUGAUAGGACCACUAAGAGAAAUAGUGAAAUCUUCAUUUCUGCCUUUCUUCUCUCAGUGCUUUCCAUUUGCCCUUUACUAACAUAGUUCAUACUUCUCACCUGUCAUUGAAAAAACCAUCUGUAGGUCUUAGAGUCUGGGAAUACACUAUAAAUGGACAGAAUGGAGCAGACAACAAAGGUAGAACAAUAGGAAAGAACGCUUAAUUUGAGAGUAAGAUGACAUGGAUACAUGCAUGGGGUAUGCCUAAAUACAUUUGUACACACAGUAGACAUGUGUUUAUAGCAGAUUUACUGUGUAUAUGAUCAAUGGAGACUGUUAUCUCUAUAUCUUAUGUGUUUGCAAAAAUGGGUGUGCUGGUCAACAAUUAUUUACUAAGUGUUAACUCUGAGGCAUUGUGCUAUGUGUUGGAGAUACAAAGAAAGGCAAAAAGCAGUCCAUACUUUUGAGAAGCUCA